AUGGUUUUUUUCAAUAAAACUUAUUGAACAAUGGUAAGUAAAAUUUAUUAAUAUGUGAAUAAAUAAAAAUAUUCUUUGCAACGUAUAUAAGUAAAUAGUGCAGCAAAAAGCCUCUAUAAUUCGAAAAGCUUUGGUAAAAAAUUUUUUGAUCUUUCUUUUACCUUUGAUUCUUUUACAAUUAACUGAUUUGACUCAUAUUUUGCUUUGCAGUGGCAGUAAAAAAUGUGGUUUGCGAUAGUUGAAGUAAUUUCUGACAGUCAAAAAGUUUCUUCAAGAUUCAGGUAAGAAAAGUAAGAUUCUUUUUGAAAACUUUAAAUGUAUGAUGUCCAGUUAAAUGUAUUUGAAACCAUUUGCGUCUAUUUUUGUUAGUUAGUUUUCAGGUUAUUGGUACCCGCCUCUUGAGAGAAAGCACAGGGGCGAUACGACCAUUCCGUACAAAGCUCAAAGAUAACAAAUUUUCCUUUAUGAUCUGUGAAAACACAGAGACGUUGUCCCGGCAGCUGAUUGUGAUGCAAUCGGCGGAUUCAAAAAUAUUUCCUGUAACGGACAAACACGUUUGUACACGCUUGAUGCCCCAAACGGACUGUGUCCAUUUUUGCUGUGAAAUGCCUAUUUUUGUGAUCUUAAUCAUGAACGCAAUAAUGAACAGAGUUAACGCCGGGGCUAUUCGACGGGUAUGUUCCGAAAUUCACUGUAAGUACUGAAAGUCUAUAGUUUACGUCACGUAUACUAUAGCUUUUCAGUACUGGCAGUGAAUUUCAGAACGCAGCCGAAAUACCGCAUGGCGUUGGGGCUAUUCGCAUCACCGACAGUGUAGCAGUACCCAACCUAAAAGUGUUAAUAUACACGUGUUGAAAUACGUGAAGCAUUUAAUGCUGAAAAGAACGGUCUUCCUCACCGAUUUAGCUCAAAUUUUGUAACAUUGUGUAUUUUGACGAAAAUGGUGCGGCAUUAUAUACGGAAAAAAAACACAACAGUUAGAGAAGAAAGUAUAAAGCAGGCCAUUGUUGAAGUAAAACAAGGACGAAUGACGAUAAGGCAGGCUGCGGAUUACUUCCAAGUGCCUUCCUCAACGGUGUACCGUCAGUGCAAGAAUAUGGCAGAUGAAAACAUUACUGCAGAAAAUGUUUCUGUUGCACGACCAGGACAUAAACCGAUUUUCAAUGCGGCACACGAGCAGAAUUUAAUGAAUUACAUUCAGAAAGCAUCGGAUAUUUAUUUCGGUCUAUCGCCGAAGGAGAUACGAAAAUUGGCAUUUGAAUAUUCACAACGACAUCAAUUGCCAGUACCAAAAAGUUGGAUGGAUACUAAAAUGGCCGGAGAAGAUUGGUUGGAAAAAUUUACGACACGUCAUCCACGUUUGUCCAUUAGAAAACGACCUACGAGACUCGCCCGUGCCACAAGUUUCAAUCGCACAACAGUAGGAGCAUUUUUCACCCUACUUAAGUCUGUGUACAAUCGUUUAAACCUAGUUCCUCGUUUAAUAUGGGACAUGAACGAAAUGGGAGUUACCACUGUUCAGAGACCUCAAAGAGUCGUCAGCCGGCGCGAUUUCCAACAAAUUGGGCGCAUUACUCCUGCCGAGCGUGGUCUAUUCGUUACCCUGACAGUGACGAUAUCGGCUCAAGGAGAUGUCCUGCCACCCUUUUUCAUCUUUCCGGGACUCCAUUUCAAAUCACACUUCUUGACCGGUGCCCCAACUGGAAGCGAUGGUGCAGUCCACCCAAGUGGUUGGAUGACCGCGGACAUAUUUUUGCAAUUUCUUCAGCAUUUCCAGAGAAACGUGCGUGCUUCGGCAGACAAUCCAGUGCUCCUUCUACUGAAUAACCAGGAAUUCUAUCUGUCCAUCGAAGGAUUGGAAUUCUGUAAAGAGCAUUUCAUAACACUUCUUUCUUUACCACCGUACACCACGCAUAAGUUACAGCCUCUUGAUCGUAGCGUGUUUGGUCCGCUGAAAAAAGCGAUCAAUACUCAUUGCGACCUCUGGAUAACGAACAAUCCAGGAAAAAAGAUGUCCGUACAAAAUAUACCGACUAUUAUUAAUUCAGCGUUACCAUUAGCGGCCACGAGCACAAAUAUCAAAGAGGGAUUUAGUUGUACUGGAAUAUCGCCAUUAAAUCCAGACGUGUUUCAAGAUAAUGAUUUCAGCCAGGUAACCGAUUGUCCUAAUCUCAAUGAUGCUGUAGACACGAGCUCUCAUCAAGGUGAAGAAAUUCCACUAACAAGUAACGCUAGUAACUCAAGGGAUUCAUUUUCAAUCGACAUUAAAGACGAAAUUUUAACCGACGAUUUUAAUGAUGAGAGAACUUGCAAUGACAAAGAUCAAGAUAUGGAUGAAUCGCUUCAGUCAAUUAGACAAUUUCCUAAAGCUCCCACGAGAAAAGCGUCACAGAGAGGACGUAAAAGACAGUCAUCAGAAAUGUUGGCAGGACGUUAUGAAUUUAUUUCCUGUGGAAUAAGCAUAAAGCCGAGAAAAAAAAUUUAGCGAAAAAGAUUAAAAUAAAUGUGAUGUUUAAUAAUACAGUAGAAAAAGAUUCGUUUUUGUAAUUAAUAAUCAUUUAAAAUAAUUUGAAAGAUAAUGUUUAGUUUCUUCUUUUAUUUUCAAUUUUUUUAUUCAAUUUUUUUAUUUGGGCUUUAUAAAAAACACAAGUAUUUAACGAGACAGAAUUAAAAACAUUUUUUUUGUUUAUUUAUAAAUGUUAUAUAUGGAAGAUAAUUUUAUUUUCGUUAGUCGAUAGAAAUAAACAUUUUAUUCUCACUUAGCUUUUAUAUCACUAUGUCCAUAAGUAGAAGAAUACAAAAUAAAAUAAGUUAUAAAAAAUAAUUUGUGAGAAAUAAAAUAAGUUAAGUGGGCCUUAUUUGGCUGAGAUAUCUUAAUAAUUGAAGAGAGUCAAAGAGGAUCUUGUUUAAUAAUAUUUUUGGGUGAAUUUUACAAUUUCCAAUUCAUGCAAAUUAUGCACCGAUUAUUUGAUUUUGAAAUAUGAAGCUGCCUUAAAUUGAAGCUGCAAUAGUUCGUA